UAGUGUGUUGGGGGAGUUGUGGGAGUGUGAAGCUACAACCUGCUUAUAAAGGGCUCGCACGUUGUUGCUCUACAUUAGUGCAUAUUGCCGUAUUUUGGGUCACUUCACGCACAAAGACAUUCGCUCUCAUGGAGUUGGACUUGCUUCAUUCUGCUGAAACGCCGCUUUACUGGGUCGGUGCACUUACCACGGCCUCAUUCUUGCUGUGGCUGCUCUAUAAACUUAUCACCGCCAUUCGGAUAUGGGUUAUUGGGAACGGAGAUUUACUUUCUCCUAAAUUGGGAAAAUGGGCAGUUGUGACUGGCGCCACGGACGGCAUCGGGAAAUCCUAUGCAGAGGAGCUUGCCCGCAGAGGUUUUGCCUUGAUGCUCAUAAGUCGUUCUCAGGAGAAACUUGAUGACGUCUCCAAAUCACUCGAGGACAUGUACAAGGUGGAGACCAAGACCAUAGCUGUGGACUUUGGAGGGGCUGAUAUCUACUCAAAGGUUGAAGCCGGACUGGAAGGGCUGGAAGUUGGAAUUCUGGUGAACAAUGUUGGAAUCUCUUACUCCUACCCAGAGUUCUACCUAAAUAUUCCUGACCUGGAAAAUUUCAUCACUAACAUGAUCAAUGUCAACAUCACUUCGGUUUGUCAGAUGACCCGUUUGGUGCUGCCCAGAAUGGUUGAGAGGUCCAAGGGUGUGAUUCUGAACAUCUCCUCAGCCAGUGGCAUGUAUCCGGUUCCACUGCUGACUGUGUACUCUGCCUCCAAGGCCUUUGUGGACUUUUUCUCUCGUGGACUCCAUACUGAGUACAAGUGCAAGGGCAUCAUUAUUCAGAGUGUUCUUCCCUUCUUUGUGGCCACCAAGAUGACCAAGAUCAGGAAACCCACCCUGGACAAGCCUACACCUGAUCGUUAUGUUGCUGCUGAGGUGCAAACUGUGGGACUGGAGGACCAAACCAAUGGCUAUUUCCCCCAUGCUGUCAUGGGUUGGUGGUCUGCUGUCUUCGCACCCAUCCAACUGGUUCUCUACCUCGGAGCUCGGAUGAACAAGGCCCAGCGUGGAGGUUAUCUGAGGAGGAGAAAACAGAAAACUGAUUUGAUUCAAGCUGACCAAAGGAAAAACUUAUAGGCCUUAACUUGGCUGUACAAGCCCCUGCUGUUUAGUUUACAUUGAAGACCACCGGCCAUGUCCAUACGUAUGAUGACUUUGUAUGUGUUUGUAUGUCUGUCUAGGUUUUUUUUAUAUGCAUUUUGUUUGAAUAUUUGUACUCUUAAGGUUUUCCUUUCUCAGGGCUAUUUUGUGUAUUUCUCACUGUAUUGUCUUUUUUGGAAAUUGUAUAAAAAUGGCAAAAAGUCGCAAACUAACUAAGAGUCUGCUACAGGUAAAAAAAGGCUUACAAACUCUGUGAAAUCAUUGUUGGUUGAAAUCAGUAAUGUUGAUAAUUUCAGAACAACGGAAAGUUUGUAUUUAUCAUGUUUUACAUGUUCUUAUGUCACAUAUCCUGUAUUAAUUAUAUGGCUAGUGCCAUGACUCUUUAUAUCAAAACAUUCCCUCACGUAUGUGCCUUCUUUUCUAUAGACCACCUAAGGUUUAUUCUUACUGUUCAGAUCUUUUUCUACUAUAUUUUUAGGUUUGAAUAUUUAAAAGGUGCUGGAAAUGUAUCGGUGAGUGUCACUGAUUUUCAUAUGUGUAGGCUACUUCUGAUGGAACCAAAAGUCUUAGCCGAUAUACACCAUGGCAAUAUAAUGUAAGGUAACACUAAGUUAUCAUCUGAAGACCAAAGAUGAGUGGGGGACUUUGGGCCCGUGAACAGUUGGUUGCCUUUUAAAAGUAGCGCAUCCAUCAAUUACCAAAGAAUGAACCCUCUAAUGGAGUGCAUACAGCGCUGCUUUAUCAUAUUGUGUAGCACAAUCCUGUUUGGCUGGAUUUUCAGCACUGGCUUUUGGCCUAAUUUAGUGUUUUUUUCUGACACAGCAUUGCUUUGCCGUGAACAUUUUGUAUGGACACGUACUGCCAAAUGUGUGACGUACAAUCUUGUUUUGUUAAUAAAGUUUUCAACUUA